AGUGGUUGCGAACGGUGUUUCAACCACCACGCUUUGCAAAGGCAAAGAGGGCAAUGGUCGCGUUUGUUGGCAGCAGUUCCCAACACCUACGGAGCCCGAACUCUUUUGACGAAGUGCACCACUUCGGCCUCUUCCGCCGCAGUACGCCUCGUCAGCUCCUGCGACGCUUUGGGAUCGUCUUCAAGGACACCCUUGAAGCUUUGCUCGCAGCAGGUGGGGUCGACGCACGAAUUCCAACCAAAGACCAGGUGAACGUUGCAGGGGAAUCCUUGUUUCGUACAUCUGCUGAAACAGACGUUGUGGACCUUUUCAUUGGCCACUCCUGGAAUGCUGGGCGCUGGCCCAAAUUUCUGGCGCUUUGCAUGUUGAUGCUGGGGACAUCGUGCUGGGCGUGUCGGGACAACUCCACCCACCAAGAAGCACGAGAAUUGCCAGAAAGUCGUUGCUGAAGGUCAGGCAGCCCUGCUUCACACAAGGAAGACAAGGGAAGACUAGCGGGUCACGCAGAUAUUUUCGCCAAUCACCAGCGUACUGGCGGACCAAAAAAAGAACAAAGGAAAGAUGCAGUUCUGAGAUGGGCCCAACGGCAAAUGGAAUCGCGUUGACGCACGUGAGUGGUGGGGCAGCGAUUGGUGUCCACUGACUCCAGGCCUGCCGCUGCACGGUACUUCAAUCUCGGCAUGGCAAUCAAAUAUGCCUGUGGUACUUGGCUUCUUAUGGUGGUCGUGCUGGUGGCACGGAGUGGAAUAACCGGCCUAGGAGGCAGCUGCCUUCUCUUGCCAUGCCUGGUAUACCUGCCCAUGAUUGUGUUGCUCCUUGUGUUUCUAUUGGGGCAUCAGAUCGUGGGUGAGACUCCAUCCCUGUGGGUGGACAAGCUUUGCAUUCACCAAACAGACCCAGACUUGAAGGCUGAACAGAUUGCAGCUCUCGCGGUCUUUGUCGCUCGGUCACAGCGAAUGUUGAUCUUGUGGGACGACACGUACUUUGAGCGCUUGUGGUGCAAUUUAGAGCUCGCCACCCACGCACGCUUUUGCGGAGCAGAGAAAGUGGAAGUGCUGCCUUUGUGGUUGGCCCCAUGGCUACUAGCCUCGAUCUUGCUGGAUAUACUCGGUGUGACCCUCUUUUUCCAGUUGGAGCCGGUCUUUCCCAAAUGGAGCGAAGCCGUCACUAGGUACGCAGCGGCGAUGCUUGGGGAGACCAGAGGCGGAUCAUAUUUUGUGGCAUGCUUUGCCGUCUGGCUGAUGUCAAGCAUAGUCUACUUGCCCAUCUCUAUACCUUGUUUCUUCUCGUUCCGGAUGAAGCUGAGAAGUCACCAGCUAAUGCUGAAUCAGAUGGCAGCUUUUGAUGUGAAGAAUGCCAAGUGCAGUCUUCCUGCGGAUCGGGAGCCCAUUACCCAACACGUGAGAGAGCUCUUCAGGGAUAGAGAUGGUCGUGAAGAGGACGCCAAGGGAACGGGUGAUGUUGAUGCUGGGGAGGUCUGUCUUCAAAAUUAUGCCGUCAACUACUUCCCCGACCCUCUGCAGCGCUUCAAUGUCUACGUCCGGGGGAAGCUUCGGGACUCUGUGAUCGCACAGAUCGGGGAUGAGCUGUUUGUGCCUUGGCGGACCUGCUUGAUUGCUUUCCUCCCCAUGAUCCUAUACUCCUCUGCAAAUGUGCUGGGCUGCGACAAUGCGCCAUGUGAGAUUUCCUUUCGGCUGCAGGGCUUUCGCUCUGCGAGUGAAUGCAUGAUCACAAAUGCUGCGGCCUGGGUGCUGUGCAUUACCUUGGCAUUUCCACUGACCUACCCCAUCCUCCUUCGGAUGCUCAAGUUAAUUUUCUCAUUCGGAGAUGGUGUGCCGCAACAUGUCGCAGCUUUCUUGUGCUGUCCUUUGGCAUUCAUGUACAACUACAUUUGCGGCGGCCUCAUUUGGGCGUCUCUUAUUCCUUUGGUGUUGCAGUACUCGGUGAACAAGCUCUUGUUUUUCCUCUUGGUCCUAGUCGUUCUGUCAGUGCAACUCGCGUGGCUCUUUUCUGGCCACAUCCGGCAACGCAAUGAAAUGUCAUGCCGCUGCACCAAGCGUUAUGAGGCAGUCAGUGGCAACUCGCACGCCACUUGAAAUGAUUCUACAUUACCUUUCUCUUUGGAUCCGGAUCCAUAGAGCUCUUUGGAUCCGGAUCCAUAGAGCAUAUGCAAGUACAAGAAGUACUUGGAGUACUGGGCAGUGGCCGGUUUGGCAACCAAACAUGCAUAUUGCCCGGAACUAUUUUACCUAUAAGACUGUUCGAAGGGAACAAUCGUGAGACGUAUCAUGAGCUUGGCUCUCCUAUUCAAGGUCUGCUUGCCGCGGUCCAAGUUUCUGGUUUCACCUUCCCAAUAACGGUUUGCCGACUUUUGCAAGACGCCGCACCGCGCGCGUACCAUUGCC